CGGAAAGCGACCAGUCCUUUCCCUCCCUCCCCGCCCUUCUUGCAGCAGAACUACUUAUGGCGAGUGCUGCUUUCGAGAGUCAAGCUGCAGACCUUCCCGACUCUGAGGAGAAUCACAAUGGUGUGACGUCAUCUGCCUCCACGGCUUCCACCCCGCCCAAUCACGACCACACCGAUGGGCCAGGGCCUCGUGUUGUGGAUGCCCUCGUGGACCUUGACCACAAGGACCAGCAGCACCGCUUCCCCCCCUCCGCGCACCAGUGGAGGACACGACGCCGAGCCUACUCAGUAAGAAAGUGAUUCUUGUGCUUGCAAACACUUGUCUGCCUGGUCUCAUGCGUUUAGCUCACUGAUGCCGAUCGAGAGCGAAUGGCCGAGGUCCGGGCUGCACAGUGGCAGCAGGCGUACAUGGAGGAAAACAAGCAUCUCGCCCUACUACCUGCUUUCAACCGCCUGAGCACCAUCGCCAUGAUGGUCGAGGCCAAGGAGGGCACCGGCAGACACCGCAAACGGCCCAAAUGGUCAUCCAAAACCGAGUAUAUGCUCAGCUGCAUUUCGUUGUCAGUGAAGAAGCCGACCAAAGAAGAACAAACAAGGCGAGAGAGGUGACUGCAAUGUGUCCCGUCCCAUGUGUUUGUUGUGUAUAGUGCUGUCGGUCUUGGCAAUUUGUGGCGAUUCCCGUACCUCUGUUAUGAGGUAUCGUUACGGACUGCGAGCGGGAUAAGGAUCGCGUCUUUGUGAUUCUGUCUGUCUGCGUGUAUAUUUGCCUUUUUUUGAUGAUCCCAUCACAGAAUGGCGGGGGUGCCUUCUUGGUGCCGUACUUCGUCGCGCUGCUGCUCCUGGGUAUGCCCAUGUUCCUGCUCGAGCUCGCGAUGGGGCAGAAGCUACAGAUGGGGCAUGUCCGUGUAAGCUUUGCAAAGCAUUGGAUCGGUUCAAAGCUGACAUCUGCUGCUUUCUGCAGGUGUGGCGAAGUGUCCACUCGAAGCUGAGUGGCCUGGGUGUGGCCUCUGCGAUCCUUAGUGGCAUCUGCGCGCUCUACUACAAGUGAUUCAUACACAACAAGGAAUGCUGAAACGCACAUGUCCCACAUGGCGAAUUAUCGUGUCGUUUCAGCAUCAUAAUCACUUGGGCGAUUUACUUUUUUAUCCACUCCUUUUCCCCCGUGCUGCCAUGGACUGAAGGGGGCGUGGACGCAGCGGAUUCUGCGAAAAAGUCAGAAGAACGGGUCCACGACCAAAGAGGAAGCGCCGUCAGUGCACAUGUCGUUUGAUAGGUUCUGGCUAGAGGAGGCACUUCGACAAGCACCAGACAUGAAUGGAGGAGGUGGCUGGGGCAUCUCUCCGCUGAUGAUUGCAUGCCUCACAAUCGCGUGGCUGAUGGUUUACUUCUGCAUAUUCCGCGGCAUCAGCAGCACAGGCAAGGUGGUCUACUUCACUGCCCUCUUUCCCUACGUUGUCUUGGCCAUCCUCUUCGUGAGGGGCGUCACACUGCCUGGGGCCGUGGAAGGGAUCAAGUAAGGAAGGAAGGGCCCAACAAAGCAAAUACACAAGACAAACGCGCCAAACAUUUGUACUAAUGCGACGGCUUCAGGUACUACCUGAAACCCGAUCUCACCCGUCUGGCGAACUUUCGUGUGUGGAGUAUAGCCGGCAGUCAGAUCUUCUUUUCCAUCGGUAUCUCGUGGGGGUCGCUGAUCAACUUUGCGUCAUUCAACAGUCAGGUGCGUCAGGUAGAGAUAUCGCGUCUCACUGGUGCGACCUGUUGGUUUGUUCUGUGUUCCAGAAAAAUAACAUCUUCAUGGACACGUUGAUCGUCUGUAUCGUCAAUUGCGGCACAUCGCUUUUUGCGGGGUUCGUCGUCUUUUCUGUGUUGGGAUACAUGGCCUUCAAGGUGACCAGGAAGACCGCAGCUGAGCACAGCUGCCAUCACCUGCUGAUUCGUGUAUGGUAGACUGGGCUGCCGAUUGACGAGGUGGCUCGUGCGGGCAGCGGCUUGGCGUUCGUGGUGUACCCCGCUGGCCUGGGCACCAUGAACCACGCCUUCGUCUUCUCCAUCCUCUUCUUCCUGAUGUAGGUGAUUAUCUGCAGACGACACGCAAGGCUGUCCUGAUUUCCUCUCAUGUGUGUGCAGGUUAAUCUGCUUGGUGAGGAUAUGA